AUGGCUCAACAUGCCUAUGAGUUCGACACUGAAGAAAUAAAAGAAAAAGCGCGGAAAGAUAUUCUUUACUUACUGGAAGGCGUAAGAGGCAAGAAGAACCUAGUACUUGAGCGAAGUUUAGCUGGUCCUAUAGGAUCAUUUGUAAAGUUUACAAAUCUCCAGGAUUACGGUGUAGACAAAAUCUUUUUCCUCGAAAAUCAGAACGCGGAUGUUAGUCAACGGAAUGUGGUUUUCAUUGCUCGCGGUGAGAAUGCUAGACUCGUGCAGCUCAUAGCUGAGCAAAUUAAGAAGAUACAGCGAGAUAGUCAGUCUUGGCACGAGUUCUUUAUUUUUUGGGUCCCGCGAAAGACUCUCGUUUCAGAAAAAGUACUCGAAGAAGCGGGUGUGCUUGGGGAUACAAACGUAUCAGAAUUCCCAUUGUACUUUGUUCCUAUGGAGAAAGACAUCUUAUCGCUUGAGCUAGAAGAGUCGUUCGCCGACCUCUAUCUGCGAAAAGUUUAUGCACCGACGUUCAUGAUGGCGCGUUCCUUGAUGAUCAUUCAACAGAAAUAUGGUUACUUUCCCCGGAUAACAGGAAAGGGUGAUAAGGCUAGAAAGUUGGCGGAUCUACUUUCCCGAAUGCGUCAAGAAUUAGUUGCAAGUGAGGAUUCAAGUGACGAAAUAACGCCCGGUCUAUUUCCAAGUGCCACUAUAGAAAGCCUUAUUAUAAUCGAUCGGGAAGUCGACUAUGCUACACCACUUCUUACACAACUUACAUAUAAUGGAUUAAUUGACGAGGUUUUUGGGAUUCAGAAUAAUCAAGUUGAAGUUGACUCUUCUAUAAUUUGCAGCACACCGCAACCAUUACCUGGUGCACCGGCCCAGUCCAAGCAGCAAAAACUCUCACUCCAUUCGUCAGACAAGUUAUUUCACCAGCUGAGAGAUGAGAAUUUCGCCACAGUUGGAAAGUCGCUAAACAGUGUAGCCAGGCGUCUACAGUCUGAGUAUGACAGUAGACAUACUACUAAAACAACAGCAGAAUUACGCGAUUUUGUAAACAAACUCCCUGCGUACCAGGUAGAGCAACAGAGCUUAAAAAUACACACUAACCUUGCGGAAGAAAUAAUGAAACACACUCAAACAGAAGAGUUCACUAAAAUACUAGAGAUACAGCAAAAUUUAGCGGCUGGCUGUGAUCCAUCUACUCAGCACGAAUCAAUUGAGGAAUUAAUCUCCAAAAAUGCUCCGCUUUCUCAAGUACUAAGGCUUCUUUGUCUAGAAUCAUGCAUAUCAGGUGGUAUAAAAUCUCGAGAUUUAGAAGAAUUCAAAAAGAUGAUUUUGCAUGCCUACGGAUACCAACAUAUCCUCACGUUGAGCGCCCUAGAGAAAGCCCAACUUCUUCUGUCACGAAGUUCACCAUUAGCAGUGAUGAUCCCUAUGAGUGGGAGUAAUUCUAGCGUUGGAACUAAGACAAACUACACUUACUUACGCAAAGCUCUUCGGCUUAUUGUAGAUGAAGUAAACGAGAGUGACCCAGACGAUGUGGCUUAUGUAUACAGUGGAUACGCACCCUUAUCAGUAAGACUAAUCCAGUCUAUACUACAAAAGCAGUACCUAUCAUCGCUCGCACGUGAAAGUAGCAUCAAUGACACUGUAACACCAAAAUUAGGAACUAUGCCACAAAAAUUUACAGGAUUUGAAGAAGCUAUCAAACAUAUUCGUGGGGAGACUUUUGACGAGAUACAAAAAUUUAGUAGUAAAGUCGCCUUGGCUAGAGAGAUGUUUACGAGCAAUGUAGAGAAGAAAGUAGUUUUUGUCGUAUUUCUAGGUGGAAUAACUUACGCAGAGAUUGCUGCUUUGCGGUUCAUUUGCAGGAAAGAGGAAACUUGUAGGAAAAUCGUAGUUUGUACAACAUCAAUAAUCAGUGGAAGAACUAUGAUGGACAUGGCGAUCGAGAAAAUUUCUCUGGGAAGUAGCAACGGUAUAGACUGA